AUGGCAGCGUCAUACGACGUAAGGGACGAUUGUCCUCCUGCAACCAUGAAGUCAUGUCAAAACGUGACCAUGUCGAAUGGUGAAUCUGUGCGGAACAUUUCGAAACUCAUUCCACGCAAUAUGGAUUGGAUGACAAAAGACCGACCAAGGUGUCGUCCGAUUUUACAAUGUGUACGACAACUCUACUGUACCAUACCAGCGUGCAACUCUCAACCGUGUCUUAAUAGAGGUAUCUGCGAGGAAACAGACGCGGGAUAUUCCUGUCUCUGCUUGGGUGGUUACCAUGGUUCCAGAUGCGAGCAUGAGAGAUUCAUCUUGUCGUUGAAAAUCCUUGGACCUGAAGGUCAUCCUAACGAAGGACCACUUGUUCUGACAUAUGGCUCGUUUGAUAACGAACAAGUACUGAUACAUCAGGAUAAUUGGAACAGUAACUUUUCCAAAAUGGCGUGUCAGUACCUGGGUUUUGAAGGGACGGUCAAUCCAGAAGGAAAUAAUGCUUGA